CGGGCGGGGAGCUGCGGCGGGCGGGAGGGAGGGAGGCAGCGGGAACGGCGGGGCGCAGCCGGCCGGGCCGCAGCGGGGAUGCGCCGCGGAUGCCGGAGAGGAGGUGUUAGAGGUGCUCUGUGAUCGAGCAGCCCCUUUGGACCUUUCUGCAAAGACACUGUUGCCACGGGAAGGUGAAGUACAACUGAGUUUGAACUCUUUUGGAUCUCCAUAAACUGUGAAACGGAAGAAUGCAGAAGAGUAUCCCUUGCCUUUUUGUACAUGAGUGAUAAGAGCACAAGAUCAUUACUGCAAGUUUGCGGCAAAGAUGAGUUCAGAGGAGAAGAGUAUAUCUCCUGCUCACAAAACAUCCACUCCGUCACAUAGAAGUGCCUCCUCUUCGUCAUCGUCUCAGAGGGAUAGGAGGCAGAGCAUUAACAUUUUGGAGCGGAAGGCUUCUUCAGGAAGCACAGACCCUUCCUUAAGCAAGCAGUUCCUUGAAACGGACCCUAUCUCUCUGUCCAAGGAGCCCGACAGCUGGGAAAUCAUAGAGGGUCUGAAAAUCGGCCAGACUAAUGUCCAGAAGCCAGACAAACAUGAAGGCUUCAUGCUGAAAAAGAGAAAAUGGCCCUUAAAAGGUUGGCACAAGAGGUUUUUCGUCCUGGAUAAUGGACUAUUAAAAUAUUCAAAGUCACCAAUUGAUAUACAGAAGGGCAAAGUACAUGGGAGCAUUGAUGUAGGCUUAUCAGUUAUGUCCAUUAAAAAGAAGGCUCGCAGAAUAGAUCUUGAUACAGAAGAACACAUCUAUCAUCUGAAGGUGAAGUCCCAGGAUACAUUUGAUGCAUGGGUUUCAAAAUUACGCCACCACCGGCUGUACCGUCAAAAUGAGAUUGUGAGAUCUCCAAGAGAUGCUAGCUUCCAUAUAUUCCCCUCAGCCUCUACUACAGAGUCUUCACCAGCUGCUAAUGUACCAGAUGGAAAGGUACAACAAAAUAGCUUCCCAUGGCAAUCUCCUAUACCUUGCAGUAACAGCCUUCCUGCAACCUGCACUACUGGGCAGAGUAAAGUAGCAGCCUGGUUGCAGGACUCGGAAGAGAUGGACAGAUGUGCAGAAGAUCUUGCUCAUUGUCAGUCAAACCUUGUGGAACUCAGUAAACUUCUUCAAAAUCUAGAAAUACUACAGAGAACUCAGUCUGCACCAAAUUUCACAGACAUGCAGGCUAACUGUGUAGAUAUUUCAAAGAAAGACAAGCGGGUCACAAGACGAUGGAGAACAAAAAGUGUCAGCAAAGAUGCAAAAAUUCAACUUCAGUCCAACUCUUCUGGAGAUAACGUUAGCGAAGUACCUAGCUAUAUAAGUCUCUGGCAUACACAGGAAGGGCCAGCACCGAAGGGCCAGUUCAGCACAACACGACGCCGGCAGAGACUAGCAGCUGCAGUGGCUACAACAGUUCCUUUCAGUGCCACGAUGUCCCCAGUUCGGCUGCAUUCGUCCAAUCCCAAUCUUUGUGCAGAUAUCGAGUUCCAGACCCCCCCAAGCCAUGUUACAGAUCCUCUGGAGUGCUCUACGGAGUACAUGAAGCUUCAAGAAGAAUUCUGCCUGAUGGCACAAAAAGUGCAUUCUCUUUUGAAGUCUGCCUUUAACAGCAUAGCUAUAGAGAAGGAGAAGCUUAAGCAGAUUGUCUCAGAACAGGAUCUUACAGGUCACAAUGCUCAAAUAGCACACCUCAGACAGUCCCUUUCUCAGGCUCUCAACCAGAAUGCUGAACUAAGGAGUCGCUUGAACAGAAUACAUUCAGAAUCUGUUAUUUGUGAUCAGGUUGUCAGUGUAAAUAUUAUCCCUAGUCCUGAUGAGACAGGUGAACAAAUUCAUGUCAGUUUGCCAUUGUCUCAGCAAGUUUCUAACGAGAGCAGGCUCUCUAUGUCUGAAUCAGUGUCAGAGUUCUUUGAUGCACAGGAGGUGCUUUUGUCUGCCAGCUCGUCAGAAAAUGAGGCUUCUGAUGAUGAAUCUUAUAUCAGUGAUGUGAGUGAUAAUAUAUCUGAGGACAACACCAGUGUCGCAGACAUUUCACGGCAAAUUGUCAACGGUGAACUAACAGGAGGUGCAUUCAGGAACGGACGACGAACUUGUCUCCCAGCUCCCAGCCCUGACACCAGUAACAUCAAUCUAUGGAAUAUCCUGAGAAAUAACAUUGGCAAGGAUCUUUCCAAAGUAUCCAUGCCAGUUGAGCUAAAUGAGCCUCUGAACACCUUGCAACAUCUUUGUGAAGAGCUGGAAUAUAGUGAACUCUUGGACAAGGCUGCUGAAACAGAUGAUCCCUAUGAACGCAUGGUUCUCAUAGCUGCUUUUGCAGCAUCGGGUUAUGCCUCUACAUAUUUCAGAGCAGGAAGCAAGCCAUUUAACCCAGUGCUUGGUGAAACUUAUGAAUGUAUUAGAGAAGACAAAGGAUUUCGAUUUUUCUCAGAGCAGGUUAGCCACCAUCCUCCCAUUUCAGCCUGUCACUGUGAAUCGAAGAACUUUGUGUUUUGGCAAGAUAUCAGGUGGAAAAACAAAUUUUGGGGAAAAUCAAUGGAAAUUCUUCCAGUUGGAACCUUGAAUGUGACUCUUCCAAAAUAUGGAGACUACUAUGUCUGGAACAAAGUCACUACUUGCAUACAUAAUAUCCUUAGUGGAAGGAGAUGGAUAGAACACUAUGGAGAGAUAACUAUCAGAAACACGAAAAGCAGUGUUUGUAUUUGUAAACUCACAUUUGUCAAGGUAAACUACUGGAAUUCAAAUGUAAAUGAAGUCCAGGGUGUUGUUAUAGAUCAAGAAGGGAAGGUAGUGCAUCGCCUCUUUGGAAAGUGGCACGAAGGUCUUUAUUGUGGGGUUGCACCUUCAGCCAAAUGUGUGUGGAGGCCAGGCUCCAUGCCAACCAAUUAUGAACGUUAUUAUGGCUUCACACGAUUUGCUAUUGAGCUCAAUGAAUUAGAUCCUGUACUGAAAGAUCUUCUUCCAACAACAGAUGCACGAUUCAGGCCGGAUCAAAGGCUUCUGGAGGAAGGAAAUAUAGAAGCAGCAGCGUCAGAGAAACAAAGAAUAGAAGAACUCCAAAGAAGUCGGAGGCGGUACAUGGAAGAAAACAGCAUUGAAUACAUACCCAAGUUUUUUAAAAAAGUUAUCGAUGCUAAUCAAAGAGAAGCCUGGGUUACCAAUGAGACCUACUGGGAACUGCGAAAGGAUCCUGGAUUUAGUAAAGUAGAAAUUCCUGUACUCUGGUAAACUGAGAAUGUAGAUCUAGUAAACAUAUCACUCUCUGAAGAAAAAAAUAACUAUGCACAAUAUGUUUCUUAUAGAUAAGCGUGGUUUGUGGGUCUACGGAAAAAAACGUAUCAUUUGCAUUUAUUUUCAUCUUUGUAAUGGACUUUUGAAAGUGCAUUAGACCAGGCCCCUGACCACUUCUGGAUCUUUUUAAUUUUGCAGCAGCCAUUAAAAAAAAAAAAAGAAAAAAAAAAAAGAAAGAAAAAGGAACAAACAAAACCCUUUUGAAGUUUCAUACAAUGAAAAUUCAGAAGAGAAGCAGAUGAGUUAUCCAAAGUCACUUGGAAGAGGCGGUAAACACAAAACUGCAACCGGUGCUUUAAACAGACAUUAAGAGUAAUGUAAUUUAAAUUAAAAGAAAAAGAAAAAAGGAAGAAAAACAGAAAAAAAUCCAUUUUGUUUCACCUAUUUUUGUUAAAAUCUUUUGAGUCACCACACUGUCAUUUCUGGCUUCAGGUUAGUCCUUUGGUGUGCUGUGCUUGGACUGGCCUUGUCAAAACAUACGCUUUUCUGAAAGCUGUUCCCAUUCAUAUGCCAUUGUUCAUGCCUUAAAGAAAAUAUGAAGAUGUACAGUAAGUCAUUUUAAAAUAUAUAUGCUUAGGCUUGUGUGAAGGGCAGAUUUUUAAAGCACUAGGAUUUUAUCAUGAUAUAAAUAUUGGAGAACCUGUAUUAUUUAAAAUCAAAAGACAGCCAAACAUCUAACUGUAUUUCAGAGGAACAAGAUCUCUGUACAUGCUUUAGCUUUGGGAAGCUGACUGUAUAAUCAGACUGAAAAGAAGCUGCUAACUGGUUAAAAUUGAGGUAAUUUUGGUAAUAGCAUAUGAAUGGCUAGUCAGAAAAUUCAUAUUUUAAGUGACUAAUGUUGAGAUGUGUUUGUUGCUUUCACCACUGAGUGGACACAGUCUUGCAGCAAAUCUCAUUUCCCUAUAAUUGCUUAUACAAUUAGGAUUCCCUGAAGCUUUGCAACAGUGUUAAAGCACAGAAAGAUUUCAUGGGAAGGUCUCUGGCUUCACUCCAAAGGUUGGAUCGUACCAUAAACAAAACUAGUAUUUUCUUCCACACAUGCUAUUUACUGGCAUCCACUUACUGCAUCUAAAUUUAUGUCUGAGAGUAGGGCAGAGGCUCCUGUGCUUUGUAGCUAACUUCUACUACUUGUGUUGCCAAAAUAGCUUUUGUGCAAAAUUAUAUUUUACAGUUUUUUCUUAAAGUGACUCUAUUUUUGGUUAAGAACCAAAACUCUUAUGUAUUGCUAAGCCUCAGCUAAUAUAUGUGGGAGAAGGCUUGGCACUUUCUGUAUGAAAAUCUCUGAAACACUAAACAGUAGGAGGGCAGAUUUUAAAAGAAAAGAAGUAAUUUUAUUAGGUAAAACUUGCAUUCCAUAUGGUAUGAUCUAGUCUUCCAUUUAUAUGUGUAUAAUACAUUCAUUCACUGAUGUCAGGUUAGAUUUCAUAUAUAUACACUGUAUUACUUUCUACACAUAAACAGCAUACAUAAUACACUCAAAUUUUUCUAUUUAAAGUUGAUUCCAAUAGUGAGACCAAAAAAAAGGUAAUUUGGUAACUAUGUGAUUCUGCUAGAAAUGCUGCACGGGCAGCUCUCAGUGCAGUACCACAUGUACCUAUCCCUCCACUUGCCUCUUGCUUUUGCAGAGCUGAGAUUGCUUUGAUUAUUUAAUAUGCAUUUAGUUCUUCCCUUUGUUUAUAAGGCAGAACAACUAGCUACUAAUGAAUUCAAGUUUCUUCAUCUUACCAGGAAGAAAUAUGAAAACCUGAAGAAAAUAUUAAGUAGAAUUUUAAAUAAUUAUGAAUACUUGGUAUAAAAAACUGUGCAGAUUACCAGGAUUUUGUCCAAAGAAAAGUUUUAAUUAUUUAAAGAAUGAUGUAAUUUUCUACUUCAACAGAAUCUGAUUUUUUCUUUUUUGAGUUCUACAGUUAAAAUAUAUAAAGGUUUGGUUUGUUUAAUCAUAUUUGUUUGACUUCAACAUACUUGUUCUAAUAGUAUUAUACUAUGAAACAAAUUAGCAUGCUGUGUGCAAAAUAGUGAUUAAUUAUACUGGGUCACUUUCUUAAAUGAAACAUUAUUAAGCAUUUCCCCACCUCAUCCUCCAGUCUCUGUGUGCAGUUUGCUGCAGUAUUAGAAAGUAUUAUGCGUGCAUGUCUGCAAGUACAUUUGAGGGACAGAAACUACAUUCUCUCUUUUUUUUCCUGAAAGUUGUUUUUUUUUAAAUUUAAAUACAGAAAUAAGGUAUUUAGUUUUACAGUGUUCUGAUAGUAUUUUGUGAAUGCCAUUCUUUACAAUGCAAACUUGGUUAACACUGAAGAUGCUAUCACUGCUUCAGUUAUUCUUUUGCAAUUGUUUAUCUGAUGCUCAAUGAAAGAAAAAUAGCAUUCAGUUUUUUAGCGGUAAAAAAAUGUGAUAUGCUAAAUCUUUUUGUUGAAGACACUCCUUAAACCUACUGAGUAUUAAAUUAACUGAAUGUUAAACUAGUUAAUUAGUAACCAGAGGAAAUACAGUGUUCAAGAUAUUUUCUGUCUUUAUCAGAAUCGUAACAGUGCCAGCAGGUGUGCCAUAAGUGGUUUCCUGUAGUACAGAAUUCUCUGCAUUCUGUGUAAAAUCUUUGAUUAAAUUUUUCCUGCAAACCUGCGGGGACAUCGUGACAACUUGUUGGGGUGUAGUAUGUUUCUCUGCCCAGGUCACUGAUGAGAUAUUCAUCAGUACACACCGCAGAUUGACCCCUCUUUGCUGGCUACCAGUAGGGUCUUAGCCGUUGAUCUGUACCCUUCAAGCCUGGGGAUUUGGGCAGUUUGCAGCCCACCUCAUUCAAUUCAGCCAGGUAGUAUUUCCUUUAGAAGGGCAUUAAAGGUACUUAUUUGCUCAGCAGAUUUAAUUGCUACAGAUUUGGUGUGUGAUGAAAAUUAGUGCCAAUCAUUUGACAUCUAAAAACUGAAGUUCAACUUUCAGUAUAAAGACAUCUCCCUCGCUUUUUCUAGUGUUUUCUUAAAAUACUUAUUGCUGUAUAAAAUGAACAGCCCUUAUGCUUCAGUUCUGCAAUAGUGAAAUGUACUUUCAGUUAAUAUUUUAAAGUGUACUUCAGUUUGUUCCUUGUUGUGGUACUGUGGAUAUGAUAGGGCAUCAAUAGCUACAUCCAUCAAAAGCCAUGUCAUCUUAUAAAGACUUAAAUAAGACUUAAUUUAAUAUUAAAUAAUAUUCCGAUAUUAGGUGCAUCUUAACAAGAUGGCAGAUUUUCCUGCAUAUUAGAAACCGUUACCUUGCUGGAAGUAAAAUUUGAAUAUGAGUUGAUUUUCAUAGUAUCACAGUGAUUAAAAAGUCAUCUCAACACUCAUUCUAAUUUUAGAUAGAUGUAGAUUGCAUGAAGUAAAUGUUCUUGUGUUUGAUCCAUCUACAAUACUCUGGUUAUCUUACAAAUAUUGCUACACCCAUUUUUUUUUUUACUUUUUUCUUUUUCCUCAAAUUUUGAACUUCUGACUCCAAAUGAGCAUUUAUGACAUUUGUGAGUUUUGUUUGAAAAACAGGUACCAGGCAGAUGUGAAGCGCUGCAAGACGUACUCGUUACCAGCGCUGGUCCUGCCUUCCAUUGUGAGGAUUUGUAUCCCAUCCAUACGGUCCUGUUCACUGUGUUUCCAAAAAAAGUAUGGAUUUUUAGAAUAGCCUGGAAGGAAGGAGAAGUUCACUUGCAAAUGGGCAAUAACUGAGAGGGCUGGAUAUUCUGUUUUUUUUUUUUUUUUUUCCUGGGAGUUUUUAAAAAACUUACUUCUGCUAUCUGAACUCUGUUAGUGUGUUGUCUUUGUGUUAUAGGAUUUUGAAUUGUCUGGUGCAGGGAUAGGCGGUAGCUAUUUUAAAUGCCAUUGGCUGCAGGAGUAGGAAUCAACUAUAUUGUAGUUGUCACUACCAAUUCAGGAUUUGCAUAAUUAAAGCAAGCAAAGAAUUUUUGGAUUAAAGAAAAAAAGAGUAUUUUUAUUCAAAUGCUAAAACGGAGGGGUUAUUUUAAAGAGAGUUUGGUGCAGCUAUGGGAAAAAGAUAUUAACAGAAUUGUGUAAGAAACACUGGAAUGUCCUCACCUGUCAGCCUGUGUUAUACAGAGACCUUGGAGAAAGCUAAGAAAUUGGUUAUGUCUUAACUGCUUAUCUUAAGAGCUACUGGGGCUGCUAUCUAGUAUUUUCUUCUUGGAUUUCAUUAAGUAACAGUCAUCAAAAUUGAGCAUAUAUUGAUGGAAGUCAAGGUGGUCAGGGAUACAGUUGCAACUAUUUUUUGUUGUUAAUCUGCACAAAAUUGUAAAGGAAUAUUUAGUAUAAGACUAUUUCUGUACUUUCUACUUUAUCAACCCUGAUUACUUGUGAUUCUGGUAUCACUCAGAAGAUAAGUUUCAUGGAGAAAGGAUGUGAGUUGUUUUUUUUGUUGUUGCUGUUUGAUUGUUUCUUGUUUUUAUUUUGUUUUAGAUAGGAGGAUCUAGACUAUGUAAUAAAAAUUUCAUAAUUACUAAGGAGAUUAUCUCCCUAAGCUCUCUGCACUCCCUUGGAAUGGAGUAUGGCACCACAAGAAUGUUACACAUCUCAGUAAGUUUAAAAAAAAAAAGGCUUAUUUGCAUCAGUUUAUUUUAUUUUAUUGUAUUAUACAGUGUAAAGGGUCUAAUUACAAAGCUUCUUUAAACUUGAGCAUGUAAAACCUUUUGUUGAUUAUCUUGAUGCGCAUUCCAUCCUUCUUCCACUGACUUGAAAAGCCUCUUUAUAAAACCUCAUUAGGAGAAUUUUUAUAGGGUAUCUUGCAAGUUUAAAAAGUGUCAGCAAUUUAUUUGUAGGUGUUUUGUAUAGAUAUAUACCUCUUCUUUUGUCAAGUUUUGUAUUAUUAUUAAACCCAUCAUGUCUUUUUCUUCUUUUUUUUUUCCUUGUAAUCUCUGACAAACCUCAGAGAAGGGAGAGGCUGCAGUGGAGAACAGUGAAACCAGAGACAUCAGUUCUGUCAGUGGCACCAUUGUAACAGAACAGAAAAAAUUCAAACUUCUACAGAUUAAAAUGUCAUAGCAGCUGUUUAAAUUAAAUUAAAUCUGUUUCAGGCAGGUUAUUGUAAUACCAUUUCUCUCUCCCAUGUUCCAUGACAGUAUGAGAAAAGGGAGGAUUGGUGACAUUUGCUCAGAAUUAAUUCUGAAGGUGAAAGGAAAUGUUAUUCCAUUUAUAAAUAAAAAUGACUGUAGACAAUAUUUGUCUGAAGUGAUAUUAGUAAUGUGGACAAAGAGAGCUAGAGAUUUUAUAAAUAGGGAAAUCAAAAAGUUGGAAUAUAUAUACCACUCAGCAGUGUGUAAUAUUUCUGUCUUCACCUAUGAAUAGUUCAGUGGUAAGGAUACUGAUUCAUAUCCCUAGAGCCAUGAACCAGGUAUUGUCUCCCAUGAAACACUAAAAAAUAUUUCCAUGUUUACUGCUACUUUUAAUGAUCUGCAUUAAUGGAUGAGGGAUAUCUUAUGCUAAGCUAUAAUCUUGCUGCCACAAACUAUUAGGAAUGCAAAAUGGGAAGAGGUAAGCAGAGUCCUUCAAAAAGGCAGAAGUGGAUGAUUUAAUUGUUUGUACUCUAGGCAUCCUCAUGACAAAAGUGUUAUACAAAAGCAGCACUUAAGAUGACAAAUAUUCAACCAGAACAAUUCUUCUUCCUUGUGUCUGUCAGUUUACCCAUUAACGCAAAAUCUUUUUUCUGGACUAUUUGUGAUUGCGUUUGUGGCAGCUGGAGCUUGUUGGGCUGAUUUCUCAUGUCCACUGAGGGCAGUCAGCAGCAGUCGGACUGCAAAUUCAGAUUUCUUUUCUCAUAAUUCUCUGUUCCUUUGUCUCAUAGUCCUCUACCUUUUGUAAAUUCACCUCAACAAGGAGUAUUACAAUAGCAUUAAAAAAGUUCAGUUUUAGAUUGACCAUGAGUAUUUUGUGGAUGAAGGAGAAUUCAGGAUAACUUCCUUAACUAUGUUGAAUAAAUAAAGUGAAAUGCAAUUAUCAUUGUAUUUUUCCAAAUAUUUAACAUAUAUAUUUUGAGAUCAAAUCACCAAUAAUGAAAUAGUACAUAAAAUCUGCAUUUUCACCUGUCUUGAAGGUGAAGAUUAUCAUUCCAACAUGAGGUUAGAAAUUAGGCGUAUUCAGUUCUUCAAAGAAAUGUGAAUGGUAUUCAUCGGAGGUUUAAAUGUAGCAUGAGAAAUUCAGAUCAGAAUAAAUUUUAUAUUUAGCUGAGUCUCAACUAAGACGUGACUAUGAGCUGAGAAAUAGAUGUUGAUGAAUCUAUUUUGGUAUGCAAGCAUAAAUGCAAAGAUUGCAACUAAUAGCUUAGUUAAGCUUUCGCUAUAAUUAGCAAAAACACUGUUCUUUUUCUUUAAAAUUAUUUAUAGACUAAUUAUUUUCAAACAUUCAUUCCUCUCUAAUGACUAAUUACAUAUCAGGUUUGAGUUUUGAAGGUGAACUGCUGUGUGCAACUCCACAGAUGAAGGAUGGUUCUUCCCUCGUGCAGUUAAUGUUCAGAUCUUGCUAAACUUCCAGCUCCCAGAUGAAGGCAGACCUAUACUGCUCCUUCACUAAGAUUUUGCUUGGACCAAAAAAGAAAUAUUAGUGGGCUUUUCUGGAUGGGAAUCUUCCUUGUAUAUUGAUUUGUCUCUGUUGUUUACUAUAUAAUAAUUGAGAAAGCAAGGUGUUAGCAUCUGAUGUCUGAAUUCUUUUCCUUCACCAAAAUGUGUAGGGAACUGCUUGCUCUUUAACAAUUACUGCUAGUUGUCUGAAGCAGAUGCUUUACUUAGCCCAUGAGAAGACAUUAAACUAAACUACUGUGGCAUCCAGAGAGAUCAUUACAAUAGUUCUCUAUUAGAAGAUUAGGUAUAUCUGCUCUGUUGUAACCAGUAGCAAGCUUUCUUAUUUGGGUCUGUGUCUACUUCCCUUUGUAUAAUUAUCUGUUUGGUGAAUUAUAAUUUCGGAGCAUUUCAACAGAGAACUCUGUAUUUUCGCUCAUUUUUUUUCCACAGUUAAUACAAAUUGGAAAUAAUGUAGCACUUUUUUGCUGAGUCACAUGUGACGUAAUAAAUUUCAGUAUUUAUAGACUGCUCACACUGAGAAUGCUGUUAUAGGAGUAAGGAUUAGAUUAGCUGCCAAUUUUACAUUACUUACUGAGCUUCGUUACUCUUAGCAGUGUACUUCCAGAUGAGAAACAGCCUGCACCAACUCUUCAGUAGGCAAAAAUGUCAAAAAAAAAAAAAAAAAAAAAAAAAAAAGCUUAAAGGGCAUUAUUUGCUAAUUUACCACAUCCCUGCACCUAUAUGAGGAAAAAAAGAAUCUGUUGAUUUCUUGUACACCUUUGUGUAAUAUCCUUGUAAAUGGAGGUCCUUGGAGUCCUCAUUGUGGUUAUACUAUUGUGCUAGCAAGAAACAAUUUCAGAUAUUCACUUCAUAUUUUUUUAAGAUGAAUUUUAAAGGCUAAUAGUUGCUUUCUAAGAAGCCCAACAUACAGAGUCACUGCUAUUUUUUUAGUACAAGAUAGACAGUGACUGAAGGCUGUAACUGCGGAGGGUCUGUGUACCUUGAUGCACCAGACAAAAAUUUGUAUGUUGUUUGAAAGGAAUAUAAGUCUGUUGCUUGAAAGAAAUAAAGAAAACAAGAAGCAUUUGUGUACCCAGCUACGCAAAUGCUGCAGAAAGCACUAUUUUUGAGCACUGCAGUAUUAAACCACUCCUCAUUUUUUGCUGAGAAGUUCACUUCCAUAAGGAGAUGGAGGAGAAAAGGAUAGUGGGGAAAAGAAGUCAGUACCAUUAUUUUGGAAUUUUGAAAUGACUCAAUAGAAAAUUGAUGUGCAAAUCUUUGUGUUGAAAGCUGUAUAAGCUACUUAAAGUCUUGUAAUUCUUAAAAGUUUAAAUGUAGUCUUUCAUAGUACAUUCAGUAAUUUAUUUUUAAAUCCUUAUCUUGAUUGCCUUCCUGCAAAUACACAUUCAUUUGUUCUUGACUAUUUGCAGUUUUGGGAGAUCUUUCAGAAUGAUGAUUCCUUACAUCUUAUUAAUUCUGUUCUCCAAAUACUAACUAUGAUUGUGCCUGUAAAAGCACUUACAGUUACUAGGCGCCAACAGUUGAGGAAUAACAUAGAUAAGAUAUAAUUUGAAUAGACUUUGAUCUCAUGUGCAAGAGUUAAACAGCAAUGCACAUCCCAGAAUUUUUUUUUAUCUUCUGCUGCUUGGACUCUGAUGUUGCGCAGGCAUCAGUAUGUCCCCAAGGUACACUUUGCAUGUGGUCUCAUUGAAUUCAGUCAGAAAGAUGUAGGUGCUCAUGUUUAAAUAAAAAGGCUCAUCAGAAAGAAAUCAAAACAAUGUACCUGUUUACACCAGGCUUUGUAACACCUGAUUUUUAAUCCUUAUGUGCUCAGAUAAAUGAGCAUCUGUGCAGCUGAGGCUGAGCUCCUGUUGGUACUCUACAGGCCUUAGUGAACUUCAGAGGAGUGGAUGGUCCAGCUGCCCAAAUUGUAUUGCAGUGUCAGGCCUACCAUAUAGCGAAGCUUAAUUUUGAACAUGUGCACUAUCUCAUGAAAGAUCAAUGCGUGAAAUGCAGCUGGUUUGACUGCUUGCCAAUCGGAGCAAUAUAUUUGACUUUAUUUUGACUUUUCCAUGUUUUGGAACCACAUUCUGGGGCAGUGUUUAAGGAUCAGUCAAUUACAUGUCUCUGCACAGAUCAAUUAUGUAUGACAUUUGAAAGAAAGAGCGGGAGAUCAGAUCAAUGACAGUUCAUCACGUUAUGUUUCACUCUGGCAAGCUGAAUUGUAGGAAUAUUUGUGAUUCCUGUCCCCGAUUGCCUGUGCUCCUCAGGCUGGUGCCAGCCAGGAAUGGGGGCUGCUGGUGCUGCAUGCUGGCGGUAGAAAGAGGCUGCUCUUUCUGACCUGUGGAGAAGGGGUGGCUAACUAAGAGCAUGUUUCCAAUCUCAGCCCACAGAAAGCAUGAAUGUGAGAAAGUGCCUCCCCUCUCUCCUGUUAGGCUUUAGCACAUCAGUAAAAUUGCUCUUUGUUUGGUAUAUUGAGUUCUCUGACAACUUCAAAUAUCAAACCUACUUGCUAGCCUGGAAGGAGCUGUGGGACAGCAGUUUUAAGUUCCCAUGUAGUGCAGCUGCAAUGCACUUGCCCUGUGUCUUUUUACCCGUAAGUUGGUUCUGACCGUGCUGUUAUAAUACGCUCGAAUGCAGAUGAGGCCUCAUGCUGACUACCUCUCAUGCAAUAAAUAACAGGCUCAUGAAGCAGUGGGUGUUGGUGGCAAUCCCUUGGCAACAGCAGCAUCUGUUCGCCAUGUGAUUCAGGGAGGUGAUGGUGGGGGAAUAGUAAACAAGAGAAAUUAAUUUAAUUGGGAGUUCAUUCCAGUGAUGCACGUGGUGUAGACAAUACCCAUAAUAUCAACUCCAAUUGAGGAAGGUCCUACAGCUUCUGGUAGGAAAUAAAGGUGAACUUGGCUAUGCUGUAGUUUAUGUUGUGCUCUAAGAUGUAACAAAAGAUGUCAUCUGUUUCCUCCAUCUGAGCCGGAUUUACCAGGAUAUUGUGUCCAAAACACAGACACAUUUCUAGAUUUUGAGGAAACAUGAUGCUCUUUUACCUGUUGCAUUGUAAUUGGAUAAUGCAUGUACAAACGACUUGUUUAGCCUGCCAAUGAAUGUUGCUAAUGCCUUACCAAAAAAAAGCAUAUUUUUUGUAUUUUUUUCCUCAGAGGCAAAUCGAAACAAUGCUAGAUUUGGGAAACUGUUUACUGAAAAGCAUUUUCUAACAGAUCUCUGAAGAAGUGCAAUUGUAUAAUUAUUAUUGUUCAGUGCAUACAGUACAUUGUCUCCAUCACUCUGUACACUUGCUGCUAUUAGUGCUUGUUCUAAUAAAUCUCAGUGUACACUGUU